AUGCUUGCAGAUUGGUCUAUUAUCAAAUGCGUUUGUUUGGACGUAGACUCUACAGUUUGUGAAGAUGAAGGACUGGAUGAAAUUGCCAGUUUUCUUGGAGUUACUGAUAAAGUUAAAAAAAUCACUGAGGAGGCUAUGAAUGGAGAAUUGGACAUUACUAAGGCAUUAGAAGCCCGCUUAUCAAUAAUGAAUUUAAAUUUAAAGAAGCUUACUGACUUUUUAGACAAUCAUCCAGUUAGACUAACACCGGGUGUUGAAAAUCUUGUUAAUCAGUUCAAAGAAAAUGGGGUCGAUGUUUACUUGGUAAGCGGUGGAUUAUAUCCGUUAGUUAAUCGCGUAGCCAAACUGCUCAAUAUUCCUGAAGAAAAUGUUUACGCGAACAAGCUGAUUUUCAAUAACGAAGGCACAUAUGUUGGAUUGGAUCAUAGUGCACCAACUAGUCGUUCCGAUGGUAAAGCUUUAAUCGUUAAUGAAUUACUGAAUAAAUUGCAUACUCCAAUUAUGAUAAUAGGUGAUGGAAUGACAGAUGCAAAAGCUUGUCCACCAGCUUCUGUAUUUAUUGGUUUUGGUGUCAAUGUUAUUCGUCCUAAAGUUAAAAGUAUAUCCGAUUAUUUCUGUACAUCUGUGGAAGAAUUAAUUAAGUUGUUGAAAAACCAUAAAAUGUUAUUAUGA